AUGAACGAAGACUCUGUACAUCAGCUAGGGACCAUCCAGGAAAUUUCCAGUGUUUCACCGUCUCCCAUUCCAGAUCAUUCACCCAUGCAGGAAGGCUCUGACGAUGAGGAUGAGUUUGUCUAUUCCGGCGUGUCCGCAGUUCCUCCAGCGGGUCCCGAGCCUGAGCACGAACUUCAGUCUCUUCCUGAUCCGCUGUCCGGCACUCCUAGUCCUGUCAGUCCCGCGAGCCCUCAUCCCACUUCUAAGAGCCAUAUCUCGCCUGCUCAGCUUGAGGCCCUGCAUGCUGCUGCUGCAUCAGGAGAUUUGACACGCGUACGGGACCAAUUCAGAGCUACCAUCGAGACUAGCGACGUCGAGCCUUUUGCCUUGGCAAACGAUGCUUCCCCCCGUACAGGUCUGACCGCAUUACAUGCCGCUGCAAGUAGAGGAUACUUGGACAUCGUCAAGUGGUUGGUGGCAGAGUGCGGGGCUAUACCCGACAUCGAGGACAAGGAGGGCGAGACGGCAUUGCACAAAGCCGCACUUCACGGUCACCUCACCGUAAUCAUGUACCUAUUACCAGACAGAGCCGACGUCCAUGCCCAGGAUGCAGAUGGGUGGACUGCGUUGCACAAUGCAUGCUCCAAGGGAUAUUUGGAUAUUGUCAGAUGGUUAUGUGAGAGCGGGGGGGCUGCUUCCGAGAUAGAUGGCGUCCGGGCUAUCAACGUAAAGAGCAAGGGCGGAUGGACGCCUCUGAUGAACGCCGCAUCUAAGGGACACUUACCUGUCGUAUUAUAUCUCUUGAACAAGCAAUCGGCAGAUCCUCUAGUCAGGAACAACUGGGGUGAAACCGCCUAUGAUGUUGCAGCAGCAGUUUUUGAAGUGUGGAUCUGCGAGGUCCUCCAAAAAGUUGAAGCCGAUCAAUGGCGCAGCACCGCCGCACAAUAUAACCCUCUCGCAGUACAUACGACGGUACCGGUUCUCUUGUACGAGAAUCAGAGGCUCGACAUGCGACUGAAGACACUCGCCGUGUCCGGUGGACGACCCAAAUUCUCGGCCUCCGGGCUUGGUAGACACGGUCGUCGCCCACCCUUCGAAUUGCGCUUGCCCUCACCAGACGAGGAACCGGAGAGAACGGUGGUUGCAGCGUGGCGCAGCGAUGUGCACUUGCCAUUGCGAGAGGAUCCAUGGACGUUGCCCAAGCCAAGCUCUCAUGAUGGGCCAUCGAGAGAGGGCUUGGAGAGAAGCCACUUCUGGCUGUCUGAUUGGACGUUAGACGUCACACAUCCCGGUGUCGAUGCGGGAGAUGGAUGGCAGUACGCCCAUUCUUUCGACGACUCAGACGAUCAGUGGACGGCGGAAUUACCGGCACCACUCGAACGGCUGUUGAACGGUAAUGGUGCCGUUACUGCGGGCCUCGGUGGCAGUGGUUCUCGCAGCCGAGCUAGCUCAUCCUCCAGCUCAAGUUCCCGCCGGGAUUCCCAUACACAAACUUGGGUGAGACGUCGGCGCUGGGUACGCGUGAUGCGCCGACGUUUGGAUAUCCCUCCGCUACCGUUCCUUCAACCGGAUGGAUCGUGGUACCAUCUCGCUGCAGAUGGCACAUUGAUUCCUUAUACUGAGCCUGAUGAGAGCGACUUCGGCGACGGCGACGGCCAAGAACUCAGUCCGAUGAGAAGCAUGACAUUCGGACAAGACUACGUGGCUCGGGCACGGUAUAUGGCUGGCAGCCCGUAUGAGGAUUCGGAUGAGAGUAACGGGUCUAAUUCUGCUCUGGAGGCUAGGAGGGCCAUCGCCAAACUGGAACGGGCGACUAUGGAACUGCGUCAAGGCAUAUUGAGUGACGACGACGCGGAACGAAAGACGCAGGCAGAGGUACUGUACAACGCAUAUAACCGAGAGCUGGAACGAAGAAGACUUGCGAGCGGUGCGCAAGGUUGGCUGCACUCUGGCGACGAAGACGAUGAAGUCGAGGACGACGAUUCCGAUGAAGAAUUCCACUAUCCUGGCUGGGAGCCGGCGACCCCUCGUCCUGCAUCCCUCCGCUCUUCAGUGACAGAUUACUUCAAUCGACCUAGCGGCUCUCGAGGGCCAACAGACUUGACUCCCCACCUCUCACAGGCACCUGAGUUCCGCGUGCCCACUCAUGAAGCACCUCAGAAAGUUCUUACUCCCAGAUGGAUCGCUCCAACCCCGCAUCAGGUACAUGCUCACUGGGAGCGGGACGAAGUUAGUGAGUCUGCAUUCCUUGUUCCCCAACGCUGA